AUGUAUGGAAAUAUGGGUCAGAGCAGUGAAGAUACUGUCGUAAGAUGUGUAGUCGAAUUUGUAUUCUCAUAUCAUGAAGAAUACUCAAAUGGAUUUUAUUUUUAUUUGUUUAUUUUGGAGAAUCCAGACCUGGUGCAGUACGAUAGCAAUAACGUUUCGAUGUAUCUCGUUUUUGCUUGUCAUCUUGAGGAUGUCCAACUCCCAGUCGAGGGUUUCCCCUGUAAAUUUGUAAAUCAAGAUAUCUCCUUUUACUCAGCAGUCUUAAAUUUACGAUCAUAUCAGUUAAUUUAUCAAAUUUCACUAGUUUUACGAUCAUUAGUAGAUUCACUAUUCUUAAAUAUGGAUAAUGUCGGUGCUAAAAUAGCUAAAUUCUACAAAUCAAAGCAUAAAUAUACGUAUGCUACCGAAUUCAAGCAAUUGAUCAAGCUCAACACCCUCUAUGUUAGACUUUGCUUCCCCAACUCUAAGUACAUAACUACAGCCACCAGAGACAAGCUACACGACUUGUUUCAAAUCGUCUACAAAGAUAGUGUGUUAACUGCCAAGAAAAACAGUGUCACCUUCUCUGGCAGAGUCGACUCUGAGAGACUUGGCGAGUUGCAUCAGUUUUGUAAUGGUAACCUGUCUGCCACCAAGUCUCGCAAGGUCACUGCAUUCUUCCCAGAGUUUAACUUUAUCAGAGUCUCGGCACUUGCAUCUAAGGACUGUCUCGAAGCUGUAUCAAAAGAGUUCGAUGAUGAAGGUAUCGAGAGAAUGUUCGGUCACACCCCUGUUCACUUCAGUCAUAGCUCAACCAAGUUAGUGACAAACGAUGUCAACAAACCUAUCUGGAAAACGUCGUCGUGGUACUUGUUUCCCAAUGAAAAAAUCUUCAAAGGCAUCGAUGCCAAAGAUGAGAAAUCAGGUUUUAAGUGCACACUCAUACCGUACAAGCCACCCCCUGUUAAACCUGCACCAGCUACUGGCAAUGCUCUGAAACCAAAGACUGACUCCACUGCUGCGCCGGCGAAUGCGCCAGGUAGUAGCUCUGUGGCCGACAAUAAGAUACAAACCGCUGAUAAACCAUGUGCUGUUCCAGAAGAUCUCGGUAAAGAUGGUGAAGAAGAUGAUGAAUGCUUUAAAGCACUGGUAUGGAACUGCAGAGGAGCAGCUUCCAAUGCCUCAAUCGCUGACAUUUCCUCAACUAUUACUGGUUACAACCCACAACUCACUAUACUUACUGAAACCAACAACAUUAACAAUCAAUUUCAUCAAACAUUCAACCCUUUCAACCAACCUAACAAAAUCCUUGCUGUAUCUAAUGGUAAAGGCACUGGUGUUGCUAUCAUUGCUCACACCAGCCGCAUCAAAAUCAAACCCAUUCUGCUUGAUAAAAGUGGUAGAUUCAUUUUAUUCAAUGUCAAUUAUGUCGGUGGCCACAGCCUUAAUAUGCUUGCUGUGUAUGCUCCUGCGUCAUACUGGGAAAAGAAAUCGUUCCCAGAGAUGCUUCUCUCCACUCCUGAGCUCUGGUGUCCUAACAGGAUCGAUUUAAUCUGCGGUGACCUCAACUGUGUACCCGGCGACGGCUCUCCUCUUUCAGUGGUGCUCGACUCUCUUAGUGAUGAGCACGAUCUGGUCGAUCUUGGUCAGACUGUCGACAUUCCCACGUACCGUUCGCCAAUUACCGGCAUUGCUAGACGUAUUGAUAGAGCUUAUGCUAAAAGCAGUCUGUUAAACAACUCCUUCAAGGUUGUUCCCAACGCUCUCUCUGAUCAUGCGAUGCUUUCAUUCAGCAUCCCAACUGGUAUCUCCUCUAAGCUUCCACCCACACCUUGGAGACUAGACAGAUACACUGCUAUGGAAUCUGUAGUCAACUCCACCGAACUAUCAUCUAACAUCAGAACCAAAGCCAGCAACGAUUUACUGUUACUUCAAUCUGAAGAACAUUCUGUUCGUGACUCCAUACGCAAGAUGAACCAGCAACUCCAUGGUGAAGUUCCAUCUAAAAUGCUCACUGCCAAACUUGCUCAAUCCAAGAAAGACUCAUCUAUACCUGGGCUGUACAGAGGUAAUAAAUCCGUUACUUCAGACAUCGACGAGAUGACCAAGAUCAUGCAUCGCUUCUACUCCAAACUAUUCGCCGCUGAGAAAGACAAUCCAGAGCUGCACGCGGAGAUGCUUAAGAGAGCUUGGGAUUGCAGUUCAUCUAGGUUCAGUGAGAUGGUUGGUAUACAAUUCACCAUCGAAGAAGUAGCUGAUAUCAUCUUGUCGUCUAACCCACAUAAAUCUCCGGGUCCUGAUGGUCUUGGUCUGUGGUUCUAUCGAGAACAUAUUGACACUAUCGCACCGAUACUGACCACACUGUUCAACAAAGUGCUCACCGGUGAACAACAUAUCCCUCAAAAUUUCAAAGUUGGUGUGAUCACCACUAUCUUCAAGAAGGGAGAUAUCUAUGAUCCAGCCAAUAGAAGACCUAUUACAUUGCUUAACUGUGAUUAUAAAAUAUUGUCUAAAUCUAUUAAUGAGCGUCUGAAACCCGAGGUUGAGAAAGUCGUUAGCGUCUAUCAAACUGGAUUUGUCAAAAACCGUUACAUCAUGGACAAUAUAAUUACCAUGAAAGAAAUCAUUGAUUACUGUAAACAACGUGGCAUUAAAGGUUUGAUCACUCUGUUCGACUUCAAUAAAGCGUUCGACUCCAUAUCGCAUGGGUCCAUCCGCCGUACUCUACUUCAUGUUGGUACACCAAUACAUCUAGUUGAACUUAUAAUGAACAUGAUCUCUGGCUCUACCGCUCAAGUUCUGGUCAACGGUUUUCUCACUGACCCAAUCGCGCUGAACCGUGGUACCAAGCAAGGCGAUCCGCUUUCGGCCACUCUAUUCGUUCUAGUCAUUGAAUGCUUAUCUCGUUGCAUCAGACUGUGCCCUGCCGCUGGACUACCAAUAAACGAUCAUGGACACGCGCUCAAAAUCAACCAAUUCGCCGAUGACUCUGCCACUUAUUCACCUUCAUUCAAAGAUCUUAAUACCAAACUGCGUAUGUUUGAUAUGUUCUGCGAUGCCACCUCGUCCCUAGUUAAUGCAACCAAGAAGUCAAGAAACUCGAUAACAUACUGUCUUGGUACCUGUGGUCGUCCAACUCCAAUCCGUUCAUCGACUCCAAGAAAUAUAAAAACACAAUGA